GGAUUGAUGGAUUCCAUCCGAUCGAUUCAACCACCGGGGAAAUGGAAGAUUAUUGUUGUCGAUUCCAAAAGUGCACAAAUUUUGAAUGCAGCGUGCAAGAUGUAUGAUAUUCUUGAAGAAAACGUAAGUGGACCGUGUUUUUUUCAGAUAAUACAAGACAUGCUUAUGAAUUAA